AUGAGUCUCAAAAGUAUUAGCCGCAAGGACUUGACGUGUUUCGUGGUGACCGCAAGUGUCGUUUUGGUGUGCUUCAUCCUGGUCGCAAUCUUUUCGGGAUUUAUGCACGAGCCCCAGAGACUCAAGACGAUGUUGGUAACCAUCGUCCUGGUCUUCUUUUUCCAAUACCUCAUCCUGGAGCCCAUUCGUUUCUUCAUUCUGAGCAUCGAUUAUGCCACCUGGCCGCAGGAGGACCCGCCCUACAAAGCAGAAGAGGGGGGGCCCACCAUGGACCACAUUGACUACUUGAAGAUCCGGCUGCGCAGUCUGCGCUCCGAGCUCCUGAUCUCCGAGGGCCACACGAACGAGCAGCUAAACCAGAAAUACAAGCAUAUUGCCGGGGACCUAUUGCUCUACGGUUCCUACUUUAUUGCCCUGAUGCUGAUGGUGGUGUUGCAGGAGGACCAGACUAACUACUACAAUACCAACAACAUGCAGCGACUCUUCUGGGACAAUACCACGGUCACCUUCGGCCUGUCGCAGGUGUACUUUAUAUACCAGGUGCAUAGCUAUCUGAAGAUCACCCUAGUCGAGGCUUUCUACGCGCAGAAAACCAACGGCUACGAGGGCUGGUGGGCCAUGGAUCAGUGGCAGAAGAUCGGGGUGGUGCGCCUGCGCCAAAUGCGCCCAGUGGACUGCCAUAUUGGACUGGGCAAGCCCGAGUGGGACACGAAAACCUAUGCGCCCGAGUGGCGCCUUCCUUAUAGCCGGAUGCAUUAUACGGAGAAGUUCUGGCGGAUCUACGACCCCUUUGUACCGGCCGAGUUCGAGCCCAGUUUUCUGAAUGGCCUGCUACUCAACUACGAUCAUUAUGGCUAUUUGCUUAACUACCCGGAAGUCGCCGGCUACGUGGUGCUCAUGAUGAGCACAAAGGUGAACUGCGUGAAGCAGAUCGAAUACCUGAGAGACUACAGCUGGCUGGAUAAAAAUACUUCGGCUUUGUUUAUCGACUUGACGAUGUACAACGCCGAUGCCAACCUUUUCACGUUGAUCACUCUGCGUUUGGAGAACAGCCCAUUCGGUAUCCAGUUGCCCCGGGUGCAUGUGGAUUCUGUGUCAAUGUUGGGAAGUGUGGAGACGAGAAGCACCCCUCAGCUUCUCAUACUGUUCGUGUACACAGUCUUGGUCAUCUUGUUCGCCCGCGGUGUGUUCACGAAGAUCUGGCAUCAUCCGGCCGCCGCCCACGAGGCUUGGACCAUGGUGGAUCUGGCCAUAUAUAUACUGAACGUCCUCCUGACCAUUUUGGUAAUCAUGCGCGACAUUGAGACAGAUGCCCUGCUGCAGAUGGUCGAGAAGGCUACCAAGGGUCAGUAUCUCGACUUCCAGCGUCCACUGCGCAUCCACCAAAUGCUGUUCAUCGUGAAGGGCUUCCUGGUGUGCAUCACCACUCUGCGGCUGUGGAAGGUGCUCCAGUUUUCCUCCGUCUUUCAGCUUUUUACACAGACCCUCUUCUCCGCCUGGCGAGCAGUGGCCAGUCUGGGUGUAAUUAUUGUGGUAGUCAUCAUGGCCAUUGGCAUUACUUUGGCGGUGCCGAAUGGAAACAACGCAGUGGUCUUCAGCCACAUGGUUCAGUCCGUGGUCACCUGCAUGUGGUACUCCAUGGGUUUUAACGGUGACAUUCGUCCUGCGGAUUUCUUCCACGGAGGUCGCAUUCUAGGGAUCUUGCUCUACCUGGCACUGGUCUUCUUCCUGGCGAUUCUCUUGAUGAACGUCUUCGCCUCCGUCAUCUAUGACUACUUCAACGAGACGAGCAGGAUCAUAAAGGAAAACGCCAAUCGGUCGUCUAUCACCUUCCUGGAAUUUCUGCACGUGGAGUAUGCGGAUCUUUUUGGCGAUACCUUUCGAUGCCUGCGAAAGACGUACGAACGCCGUGGACAUACUGUUGCCGAGAAUGUGGAACUAGAGCUAAAUAGGCGGGAACUGAUUAAGUUCAAGAGGGACCUCAUUAAGAGCCCGCAGGAGUUGAAAAGGGCACGCCUGACCAAGGAGCAGCGAAGUGCCGACUACCACUUGCGCGGCGAGAAGUUGUUCAAGCUGAUGGCUAUCCUGGACCUCCAGGUUGAGAUCCUCGAGCGAUUGGUAUUGGGCGACAAAGAUGGCAAAUUACCCACGCCACCUCCAUCCGACUCCGAUCCCGACGACAUACCGGAAAUGUAUCGGAAGCGCCGUUGAU